UUAUCUCUCACCAAUUUAGACACAGAACUCAAGAUGUCCUGGACAAAUGCAACCCUGCUGGCCCUCCUCGCCGUGCUUCAUGUACUUUCCUCAUGGGAGCCUGUUUUAAUUUAGAGCCUUCAUGUCUUGUCCCCUGGCCCAGUGUCUCCAGAGGCCGACUCUGCAGCUGUGCCCAGCAGCACAGGAAGCUCUAGAGACCCACAAGGUCUGCUUAAGAAGAUCUUCAUGAAUGAGGCCGAUGCAUCAAACUUCUUCAGAAGACGCAGCAGACGGGGUGUGAAGUCUCAGGAUGAGAUUACCGCUGAGCAGAGGCAGAUUCUGGCUGCAGAUGAACGGAAGAGAGAGUUUCACGAGGAGAAGAGGAAUGAGUUUGAGAGUUACGCUGAAGAGGAGCACGAUGAACAAAACGAGAGGACCAGAGAGAGCACCGAGCAGUGGAGAGAGUUUCACUACGACGGGAUGCAUCCUUCUCAAGAAUACAACCGUCAGUCCAUCUGAGACUGAGAGGAGAGAGGUGACGCUGAAAGAAACACCUGUAACUUCACAAUGAGGCAUUUCUCCUCAGACCUUUGACCUUUGAAUGCGUAAAAGUAAUGAUAAUUGCAAACUUUUUCAAAUGGAUUUCUUUUGAAGCCCCAAAAUGUAGAAAGCUUUUGAAAUGGUAACCUCUUUGCCACAAACUGGGCUGCACAUUUAAUGAAAAAGACAUUGUUGUUUCACACAGCAAACAGUUAUUUGAUGUUUUGUAUGUUUACAGCUAUGGAUGGACAUAUAUCUUGUUCAUUCGUUUAGGUCUGCAACUAACGAUUACUUUCAUCAUCGAUUAAGCUACCGAUUAUUUCAAUCAAUAACGAUAUUUCAUUUGGCCUAUAAAAUGUCAGACAACAGUAAAAUAAAAUAAAAUCCAAGAUGACUUAAUUAAAUUUCUUGCUUUUUCCAACCAACAGUCAAAAACUGUUAUUACUACUAGUUACUAUUAUAGUGGCCCAAGAAAACAGAAAACAAAGAUUACAUCGGAGAUGUUGGAACUAGUGAAUUUAUGGCAGUUCUGUUUAUAAAAUAACUUAAAAUGUCAUUCACAGACAAAGAAUUGUGCAGUAUGUUAUAUAAAUAGUUAAGUUACUUAUAGUUGUUGUCAGUUAGAGGUUCCUGUUAGACCUUAUGAACUUAUUCAGGAUUAUAAUAAUAAUCACAGAUGAAAAUCCAUUGCAUUUAACAGCUGAUGUCUCUGAAACCCCCAAACAGAAGUGAUGUGUCCUUUUCUGUAGUGGACUUCUGAAACAUGUCAUCAGUUCAAAAUUAUGUUUAUAAGCAAUUCAGUCAUGAAGUAUUGAGCUGAUAAAACAAUGUAAAGUAUGUUUUUUUAGCUAUUAAGGAGGGCCCGGUCUCCUGGGUUAAAUACAUGUGCAGUGAUUUAAUAACACAUUACCAGAAAAAGAAUAAGUGUGAAUAUGCUGUAUUUACUAUACAUUUACUCACUUGUGAUGACAUUAGAUCUUUUAACAUAGUCAUAUAAAAAUCUGUAUUCAGUAACAU